AUGGAAGAAGGAUUUGAAAUGGCUACCAAUCAAAAUUUACUCUGCGUUGAUAUAACGAUGAUAGCUGACCUUUUCAAAACAAACCCUGACUUUCAAGAUCCAGAAGUAAGAUACGUUAAAACGAGCAAAUUGAUUAACGUUUGUGAUAAACCCUCGGAUAACCCCAAGAAACACCUGGAUAUUUGUGAAAUAUCUGGAACUUCCACAGAAACUGAAUCAGAAACAGAUAAUUGUAAUCCACGAAAUAUAUCUGAUGGAAUUUAUUUCAAUACAACUAACACUUACAGAUCAUCAAUAGAAAACAAGUCUUAUUCAAGUCCGUAUCUCGGUCCGAAUCAAACAUCCAAAGAGGUAGAAAUUCUAAAAACUGGUGGAGGGGACAAUACAAAGUACAAUAUGCUUUCUCCACAGGAUGUGAAGAUUUUAAGUCUUCUACAAGAAAAAUAUUUCUGUGUGGAUUCCAACGUUGUUAUGGAAAAUAACUUAGAAACUGAAAACACAUUUUUUACAACACCUUCAACAUCUAGGAAUUUCCAAUCUUGUGAUGAAUCCCUAAAGAGACCAUUGUCCCUAAAAGUAAAUGUAGGUCAAUUGACGGAUAAUGAUGGUGAUGAUCGCUUUACAUGUGAUGAAACUUCAGAUGAAACUAUAGAAAUUGUUUUUGAGGAAGAACAAUCACAGAGCUUGUUACAGUUCAGCUAUGACGAUAAUUUACCCCUGUCUGUGAUUAAAGAAAAUGAUAUAAUCAGAACUAUUUUAACGGAAGUUGUAGAAAAAGUAGUAGGCGUAGAACGACAACUAAAUUUUACAAAAGAGGGAACUGUAAGAAAACGAAAAAGGUAUGAUAUACCCCUUAAAGAUAGGAAGAAAAUGAAACUUAUAAAGAUCGUUGAUAAGCAUGAUUUAAAAGAAAACUGCAACGAAAACUGCAAGAAAUUAUGCCAAAAAAACAUAAACAGGGACAGACAAAAAUACAUUAACACAGAGUACUGGAAAUUAAAUAAGCAGGAACAAAAAAGUUUUAUAUUUAGUAAAGUUGAAAAAACGAUUAAGAAGGAAAGAACCAUGCAGUUUGUAAGAAUUUUUCUUUGGCCACAGUUGGCUAUGAUCUUUUUGAGGCACAUAUGUGAAGACACUUCAUCCCUUAAACCAAAAAUCGAUAACCGUGGACAAUUUAAAAGAGCAAAUAAAGUUAAUACAGAUAUUAUAAGAGACCAUAUCCAGACUUUUAACCCAAGCAUUCAUCAUUAUCGGAGAGAACACGCACCUCUAAGAUUAUAUCUGCCAACUGAUAUUAAUAUAAAAAUGAUGUAUGACGAUUUCAAAUUAAAACAUGGGAUGAACAUAUAUGAACUAUAUCGCAAAGAGGUUGCAGCAAUGAACAUUUCCUUCACUAAACUAGGACAUCAAGAAUGUUUCGCUUGUGAAACGUUUUCUUUGCAUUCUAAAGCCACAGGACAUACCAAAGAAACCGCAGAAGACACUUGUCAAGAAUGUACAACAUGGAAAGAGCACCAACAAAAAUAUCGGGAAGCACGUAAAGAGUACGCAAAGGAUGGCGCUAAAGAGGAUGAAUUAUGUUUCUCUGCAGACCUACAAAAGGAUUUCUUGGACUGCGUAAAAUCCUCUAAUUCUAAAAAAGUUAAUCUUAAGGAGGUUAAGCUGGAUGGUUUUUAUACUUUCACAGAUUACACAUAUCAGCAAACUUUGAAAAAAAUUGUGCCUAGACCUUAUCUUAGUGAUAUGGUAUUUGUUCGCUUCAACAAAGGAGAAAAACAUCUCCAAUAUAAAACUUCAUUUCAUGGAGAUUUUAUAGAUUUGAAGUUUUUAAUGGCAAAAUAUUAUAAAUGUUCCACUUUACCUGGCCCGGCGGUAAAAGAAAAGGAAAGGGGAAUCACCUCGGAAAGAAAAAAUAAUAUUAUUAAUAAAUUGGCUGAUAUAAUUCCCGAAAAUAGAAUGGCAUUUUGGCGAAACCUUGCUAAAACUAAUGAUGAAACAGAUUAG